AUGUACAUUCGGCUAUCUGCCUGGGCGGUUGCAGCCACGCUGCUUGCUUCGCCAGCUCUCGCCAUCACAAGCGACCAGAUCCCUUCCGAUACGCCCGUCUCCUCUCUUCUGUCCUCCGCUCAGUCCCAUCUCUCCAAGGGACAAACCUCCGACGCCCUCGUCUACUACGAUGCCGCCGUUGCCCGCGAUCCUUCCAACUACCUAACCCUUUUCAAGCGAGCUACAACCUACCUGUCGCUUGGACGAACCAACCAGGCAACCGAAGACUUCAACAAGGUCCUCUCGCUGAAGCCUGGCUUCGAGGGCGCUCAUGUACAGCUGGCCAAGAUCAAGGCCAAGACUGCCGAUUGGGACGGCGCAAGGGAACAGUACAAUCUGGCCAACAGGGACGCCUCCUCUCCAGAAGUUGUUGCCCUCGAGGAAGCUAAGGGUGCCGCUCGCCUCGCUGAAGUGGCAGAGAAGAACGGGGACUGGGAGGCCUGCGUUUCUCACGCCGGCGAGGCUAUCCUCACUGCCAACAGGGCCAUCUCGCUGCGCGAAAUGAGGUCGCGCUGUCGUUUCCAGCGCGGGGAGGUGGAGGAGGGCAUGAGCGACCUUCACCAUGUCUUGCAAAUGAGACCGGGCGAUAUCUCGCCGCACAUCAAGAUCUCCGCCAUCACCUUCUACGGACUCGGCGACCUCCAGAAUGGCAUGACCCAGACACGAAAGUGUCUACACUCCGAUCCGGACUCGAAGCCCUGCAAGAAGCUGCUGAAGCAACAGAAGGCCAUCGACAAGACUUUGACCAGAGUGACCAAGGCGUUCGACAAAACGCAGCCCAUGACUGGGGUGAAGCUGUUAAUCGACUCUGUCGACGACACCGGCCUUAUUACCGACAUCAAGACUCAAGUUGAGGAGCUCCGCGCCGACGGCAUCAUCCCCGCGGCAGCCCAGUCGGCCCUGUACAUCAAGGUGGUGGAGAUGGCUUGCCAAGGUUACUACGAUAUGAAUGGCAAGAAAGCCAAACAGUACUGCGAAGAUGCCCUCGCACUCGAGCCCAAAGCGUUUUACGGCCUCUUGCACCGAGCCAAGACGAUGAUGGAGGCAGAGGACUACGAGGGUGCCAUCAGGACGCUGGAGGAAGCCGGCAAUGUCCGCCCGGACAAGAACGAUGUGGUCCAGCCCCUGAUGCAAAAGGCCCAGAUCGCUCUCAAGCGCAGCCAAACAAAAGACUAUUACAAGGUCCUUGGUGUAUCUCAUGACGCCGACGAGCGCCAGAUCAAGCAGGCCUACCGCAAACUCUCCAAGAUUCACCACCCCGAUAAGGCCGCCAAGCAGGGACUCACCAAGGAGGCCGCCGAGAAGAAGAUGGCAUCCAUCAACGAGGCGUACGAGGUUCUCAGCAACCCCGAGCUCCGCGAACGCUUCGACCGCGGCGACGACCCGAAUAAUCAACAGCAAGGCAGCCCAUUCCAGGGUAACCCCUUCGGAGGUGGUCACCCGUUCAUGUUCCAGCAGGGCGGCGGCGGCGGCGGAAGUCAACAGUUCCAUUUCAAGUUCGGCGGUGGAGGGGGGGGUUUCCCCUUUUGA